AAAGAAAAAAUGAAAAAAAAGGGCGCCCUAGAGUAGAGUAGAGGGUCAGAGUAGAGUAGACAGUAGAGAGUUGAGAGUAGAUAUUUCCUUUCCCAUCCGAUCUCCUUUCCCUCUUCUCUUCUCUUCAACUGAACUUUCUCCACUGCUUACCGGAGAAAGUUUUAGCUGGACUGGACUGGAUUGGAUUGGAUGGAGCAGUAUGAGAAAGUUGAGAAGAUUGGGGAAGGAACAUACGGCGUGGUUUAUAAGGCUCGUGACCGCGUGACUAAUGAGACUAUCGCUUUAAAGAAGAUUCGGCUGGAGCAGGAAGACGAGGGAGUACCAAGCACCGCAAUUCGCGAAAUCUCCCUCUUGAAAGAAAUGCAGCAUGGCAACAUUGUCAGGUUACAAGAUGUGGUGCACAGUGAGAAGCGCUUGUAUCUGGUUUUUGAGUACCUUGACUUGGAUCUGAAGAAGCACAUGGAUUCAUCUCCAGAAUUUGCAAAGGAUCUACGUCAAGUAAAAAUGUUCCUUUAUCAAAUUCUGCGUGGCAUUGCUUAUUGUCAUUCCCAUCGGGUUCUUCAUCGAGAUUUGAAACCCCAGAAUUUGCUCAUAGAUCGCAGCACCAAUGCACUGAAGCUUGCUGACUUUGGACUGGCCAGAGCAUUUGGUAUUCCUGUCAGGACAUUUACACACGAGGUGGUGACACUGUGGUACAGAGCUCCAGAAAUAUUGCUUGGAUCCCGCCAUUACUCUACCCCUGUUGAUGUGUGGUCGGUAGGUUGUAUAUUUGCUGAGAUGGUUAACCAACGGCCAUUAUUUCCUGGGGACUCUGAGAUUGAUGAGCUGUUUAAAAUUUUCAGGGUCUUGGGUACUCCAAAUGAAGAUACGUGGCCUGGUGUGACUUCUUUGCCUGAUUAUAAAUCUGCCUUUCCCAAAUGGCCUUCUAAGGAUCUGGCAGCUGUGGUUCCAAGUCUUGAUUCAGCUGGAAUUGAUCUUCUUUCAAAAAUGCUCUGCUAUGACCCCAGCAGAAGAAUUACAGCCAGGAGUGCUCUUGAGCAUGAAUACUUCAAAGAUAUCGGAUUUGUACCCUGAUUCUACCCAGAUUCUCUGUAACCAUCCUCGUGGCAGAGAAGUGUCUAUAUUAAUGUGUAGCAUUCUAUGGGUUUUACCUGUGUGAGAAAUACGUGUGCGAUCUUUUUGUUGCGAUUGUUUUUUCCUUCUUUUUUAUUUGCAUUUUCCUUGGAGUUUAGAUUACUUUGAUUUGGUUUUGGAUAAAAAUAUCAGAACAGCUAGAGCCUGCUUCAAUUUUUCUCCCCCUUCAUUUCCUAAGAAGUACAAUCAUUUCGUUUGUUAUUGUUUGAGAGAAAACAAACUACUUUUUCAUGUGGAAUUGGAAAGUUAGUUUUACCUUGUAUUGCUAUUA